AUACUGACUGCAUGAAACAUACUUAGCCAUUUAAGCAACCCCUCGUUUUUUAGAGAUCUGUCUGAAGUUGCUCUAGAGCAUCCGAUCGUCCCCAGCGGAGCGCUGCAGAACCCAGGGGCCUCGCCGCAGGAUUUAGGUCAAGCUUGCUGCAGAACGCACGGGACCUGGGGACUGAAUUUGCCCUAAAAGAAAUCAUGUCAUCAGGAGGAGCUGAAGAUGAUAUUCCUCAGGCAGAGAGGAAAACAGUUACAGACUUCUGCUACUUGUUGGAUAAAUCUAAACAGCUCUUCAAUGGCUUAAGGGAUUUACCUCAGUAUGGGCAAAAGCAGUGGCAAUCCUAUUUUGGGCGAACAUUUGAUGUUUACACCAAACUCUGGAAGUUCCAACAGCAGCAUCGACAAGUAUUGGACAAUCGGUAUGGGUUGAAGCGGUGGCAAAUUGGGGAAAUUGCUUCCAAGAUUGGGCAGCUCUAUUACCAUUAUUACUUGCGCACUUCAGAAACCAGCUAUCUCAAUGAAGCUUUCUCCUUCUAUUCGGCAAUUAGGCAGAGGUCAUACUACUCCCAAGUCAACAAAGAAGACAGGCCUGAAUUAGUGGUUAAGAAGCUGCGUUACUAUGCAAGGUUUAUAGUGGUUUGUCUCUUGCUCAACAAAAUGGAUGUUGUGAAGGACCUUGUAAAGGAGCUGUCAGAUGAAAUUGAAGACUACACUCAUCGUUUUAAUACUGAAGAUCAGGUGGAGUGGAACCUGGUUCUUCAGGAAGUGGCAGCUUUUAUUGAGGCAGACCCUGUAAUGGUUUUAAAUGAUGACAACACCAUUGUAAUCACCUCCAACAGGCUUUCUGAAACCGGAGCUCCAUUGCUAGAACAGGGAAUGAUAGUGGGACAGCUUGCUCUUGCAGAUGCACUGAUUAUUGGGAACUGCAAUAACCAGGUCAAGUUCAGUGAAUUAACAAUUGAUAUGUUUCGAAUGCUACAAGCACUUGAAAGGGAACCAAUGAAUUUAGCUUCACAGAUGAAUAAACCUGGAAUGCAAGAGUCAACAGAGAAACCAGCCAGGCGGGAAAACCCCCAUAAAUAUCUACUUUAUAAACCAACUUUCAGCCAGCUGUAUACGUUUUUAGCAGCAUCAUUUAAGGAGCUGCCUGCAAACAGUGUACUGCUGAUUUACUUGUCUGCCACGGGCGUGUUCCCAUCAGGUCGUUCGGAUAGUGAAGGUCCAUAUGAUUUUGGUGGUGUUCUGACAAAUAGUAACCGGGACGUUAUAAAUGGAGAUGCUAUCCACAAGCGAAACCAAUCUUACAAGGAGAUGCACUGUCUUCACCCUGGAGAUCUCUACCCUUUCACAAGAAAGCCUCUCUUUAUCAUUGUGGAUUCAUCAAACAGCGUCGCCUAUAAGAAUUUCACAAACUUGUUUGGACAACCAUUGGUGUGCUUGCUUUCUCCAACAGCAUAUCCAAAAGCAUUACAAGAUCAGUCUCAGCGGGGUAGCCUCUUCACACUCUUUCUGAACAAUCCUUUAAUGGCAUUCCUAUUUGUCUCUGGAUUAUCAAGCAUGCGCAGAGGUUUGUGGGAGAAGUGUCAAGACUACCUUAGAAAAAUCAAUCGAGAUAUUGCCCAGCUGCUGACCCACUCCCGCUCCAUAGAUCAGUCCUUUCUUCAAUUUUUUGGGGAUGAAUUUCUUCGUUUGCUUCUAACAAGAUUUAUUUUCUGCUCGGCUACUAUGAGGAUGCACAAAAUUUUCCGGGAAACACGAAAUUAUCCAGAAUCUUAUCCUCAGCUGCCAAGAGAUGAAACAGUGGAGAACCCUCACCUCCAAAAGCACAUUUUAGAGCUGGCUUCCAUACUGGAUGUUAGAAAUGUUUUCAUGGAAAACACUCUCGACGACUAUUAAAAGAAACUGUCUUACUGCAAAGGGGUUUCCCUGGCCACAGAUUUUGAAUGGUGCAGUUUUCUAAUGUGAAAAUCAUAAAAGGAAGUACUUGAUUUUAUUUUUAAACUUAGGACCAUUAUUUUAAAAAGUAACAAUAAACAGCUGUUAGGUUAGCUGUUCCAUACUGUAUGGGGUCAAUUUUAUAAGCAGAAGUUUUCAUGUCUUGUAAAUGUUAAACUAAAGAAUCACUAGAGGUUUAUUUGUGGUCUUGUGGAUAUCAACCACAUUUCCAACAGCUGAUCCUAAGCAUAUACGUACUAUUGGUUACCUUUAGCCCACGUUUGUGGAAAUUCUUUAUUUUUAUAUAAAUUUUAAGAAAUUGGAAAAAAUCAAUAAGAAAAAAAAACACACAAUAUUUUAUCCCCAAAGAGUCUGGAUUUGAAAUGGUAAAGGUGGAACAACACAGUGCAAACCAACAAUAGCAAUAAUACAGAGUCCUUCAUAACAAAUAUAUUUUUUCAGUCUUAGGCGAGUAAGUAGACAAAACUGUGGAAGAUUAAGUUGUACUCGGAGGCAGCAGGUUUGAAAUGAAGUUGUAUAGAAAUUAAUGCUCCCUUUAAAUUUGACACACCAAUUUAUAUAUAAAUUUGUACUGCUGACCAAGAACACAAUUUCCACUCUGCCUGGCUGGGUAGGUGGUUAGCAGGUUAGUAAAUUAGAAACUAAGAAAGCUAGCCCCCUUUUCUCAAUGUAGUAAGGAUCAUCUUGCCAUUUGUAUUGCUGCCAUGAUUUCCUAGGAGAGGGCAUUCUUCAUUUUGAGAUACUAAACAGAAAUCUUUAAAUUUUCAGCAGGUAUGUUACCCUAUUUUCUUUGUGUGGAUGAAAUGUGAGGCUCCCACAGUAUUACUAGUCCCUGGUUGGAGUUGAAAGAAUGCCCCAAAAAGCACUGAAUACAAACAAUCCCUUCCUGUCACUCAUUUAUCAGACCAAUCUCUGCUGGAUCCCAGUGCCCCAGGAGAGAUGCUGGUGCUCCUCUCACAGGUUAAACAAAGCGGGUGCUGCCAUAAAGCCCUGUUAGUGUUUUGAGUGCCCAUCAGUGCAUCUCGGUCCUUUGUUUGAACCAGUAAAACUGGGGGGCUGUAGUUAUGUUUGGCAGAACUGUGGGCUCCCUCAGACUUGGUAUGUUAAGUACAGUGGCCUCUGCAAAGGCACUUGCUGGAGAAGGCUGUUCUGACUGCUGGGAAAAGUCCUUGCCUGAGUCGUUUGGACUGUACCGCCUUCUUUGCAAAGCUAGAGCACCUCUUGCAACUCCUGGCAGUGAAGGCAUGAUCAGAGGGAAGGAAAUGAAAAUAUUUUAGUUAAAUAAGCCAAUGUUCACUGUGCCAUAUACUAGAAAGGCAGUGAAAGAACAAGUCUGAUCAGUUCUUUUAAUGUUGAACCCCAGCCAGGCCUCCGUUUUUGUUGGGCAAAAAAUGCAGAAUUUGGUGACUACCAUAGUUACUACAGUAGACCUGUUUGUAGUGCUGUCAUGCAAGGUAUGAUCUACUCAGCUGGCAUAGUGCAGGGCAGCAGAUCAGCUCUGACUGAUGCUCAUUCAGCUGAAGAGAGCGCAGUAUGGAAUAGCAAGAAUUGCUGGAGUGUAGGUUGAAGUUUGUAUGAGGGUUCUCUGUAUCUGGGCUGUAGCUGAUGCAACCCAUUCUUUAAUUUCCCAAGUGUUAAAAAAGAAAAAACGUGUUUGUUCUAAGCAGUCUUGAAGCUAUUAUGUUGCCCCCACCAUCACUUGGUGCUGCUCUUCUUGGACUAUGGCAGGACUUUGUUACAUGGAAUGUGGAGUUUAUUUUAAAGAGUGUGUGUUUGUGUGUGCAUGUGUAUUCUAGGCGUUUGUGUGUAUAUGUACAAUACGCAUACAUCUACUGGCUGGUGUAAAUUGUAAAUAUGUAUAUAUGUAUAGGUACUUGUAUAUGUAUUAAAAAGUAUGAAACAGUACAAUGUCUAUAUACAAAAUUUAUAUAUACACACAUACGCCAUUCUGGGUGCAUUCCACGAAGUAUACCAGAUCAUUUGUGCUUGUAGUAAAGGUUAUUGCUCUUCUGCUGUUGUAAUUCUCUGUUUUCAUGGACUUGCACUUGGUUCUUGAAGUAAUUCAGAUCUGAUUUCAGGUACAGGAGGCCUCAGUUAGGCAGGGGGAACAAGUACUCCUGUAUGUUUGACGGUGAUUAGAUUCAUAGAUUCUUAACUGUGAAGCUGAUGAUCUGCCUUUUCUUCUGGUAGGAGGUCCCCAGAUACUAAAACGUGGGAUUGUACGUGGAAGCUGAAAAUAGUGAAAGCCUUUAAUGCAGCAGCAAGGGAUAGAUACGCAUCAUCUGUUACCCCGGCUGCUGUUCCUCCUCCAGCAGUGUUCAGCUUGCACGGGAGAGGGGAAUUCAGGUUUCCCCAGCUCCACUGCCUUCCAGUCAAAUGCUUUUGUUUUGCUUUAGCUUUUGCUUUGAUGAAGCUGUUCUCAUUUUGGCUCUGUGUAUCUGGACAAUAGUAUGCUAAUUGUAAGCAUGGGAGUGAUGAUUCCAGCAGCGUGGGCUGGUGACCCUCUGUGGGAUGCUGUUACCUGACUGGGGAAGCCUUGGCAGACUGCGAGUCUUCACUUUAGCUGGGCUGAAGCGAGGAGUCCUUGCUUGUGAUCUGGGAGGCUUCUAAUCCACUGUGCAGCCCUGAGAAGAGGUUUUGUUUGCUUGUUACCAACAUAGAUCUAAUCAGAGGAGAACGCGCUUUUUUUAAAUAAAAAACAAAGCAAAGAUGAAGAAGCUAGAAUACAUGAGGAGAAUUUAAGGCUUUGGAAAUGAGUUCAGAAGUUGAACUUCUUAACAGCAUUGACUGUCCAAGUCAAAAAUUCAUUCUGGAAGUCCCUCAUUCUCUUCUUACCUGCUUGACCCUUGCUUCAGAAGGUUUGCUGCUGACAAGAGUAUUCAAAGAUGCUGAUUUUACUGCUGUUGUGUUAGUAGGAGUACAAAAUUGUAAGAAAAAGGCUGAUACCUUCUGUCUGCUCUAGCUGUAGAUAGGAUGAGUAUCUGAUCUUAGAUUUUGAGCCAGCCCCCUCCCUUCUGGCCCAAAACAACUGCUUUCAAGAUGAAAAUAUUGCUAUUUUCCCUCCUUGUCUUGUUUGAACUUACUAAGUCAUUCUAAACUUGUGCUACUCUGUGCUGUGUGCUGUGGUUGUAGGUACCUUCUCUUUGUAUGCUUGUAUGUACUGAAGAAAAAAUUGGUUUGUGUAUCUAGCAGUCCUCACUGGAAGCGAAGGAAAGACUGAAGCAUUUUUAAGUGAGAACAGUUCCUUUUCUUCUCAGGCCUAAUGCCUUCCCUCUUGUCUCAUUAACCCUUUCUUCACAUAUAACUAUAUUGCAUAUGUUAGUGGAUAAGAUUAUGCCACCAAGCAAUACUGAACUAAAAGGGUAAAUUUUGUAUGUAAUAAUAUACUAAGAGAGGAAAAUGUGAGCUGUACUGAAUGUCUGUGUCGGACUACUUCUGCCUGGCUCCCUACUUACUGCAUGUGAUACGUUCAAAUUAAUCCUACUUCCACAGGAGGCACCUCUAUUCCUACUCCUCUGUUCAGACUGGCUUUAGAACAUCUAGGUUAGUGUUGUUGCCUCCUGUUUUUUCCCUGUUUGACUUCUCAGAAUAACAGUGAGAGGGGAAGAGAGGGUCAUGAAUCUUUACAGCUCUGUGUUUAACUACUCUUGGGAUGUCAUGUAUCAUUUUCUCCAUGCACAGCUAAAUGGAGCACUAGCUUCUGCGGGCUGUGUGCACUGGAGUUGCUCCCUGGAGCGCUUUCUUGAAAAGUUUCAGGACUUGGGGUGAUUUGUCAAAACAGUAUCUGUAAGGUCGUGACUUAUUAAAACUCUCAAGACAGGGAGAUGUGCAGAGAUGUCUUUUAAAGACCAUAUGAAAUAGAUAAGGAAAGGGAAUUAGACGUAAGGUAAUCAUCUUCAAAAGCUACAACUUCAGUAGCUUUGGUCAGGCUUCCCUUCUAAGGAUGGAAGUAUUGCUCCAUCGUUCAUCCGCAGGCAUGCUGUUGUGAAGUGCCUCCCCCUGCUUUGCCUUCCUCCUUGCGCUGUAACUCCAUGCUAUGCCUGAAAUCUGCUUUUUCCUGAAAGCU